AGAAAAUGAGGCCUAUUUUCUGCGGGAACUUUGAGUAUGAUGCUCGGCAAUCUGAUUUGGAACGGCUUUUCGGAAGAUAUGGGAAGGUUGAUAGAGUGGAUAUGAAGUCUGAAAGCAAUAUAUAAAAUUUCAUUAUACACUUCAAAAGAAGGCAUGGGUUCCUUCACAAGACGGCACUGGUCCCUACAACAGCAACCUGGGGCUAAUUGACAUCCAUAAAGGUGGCAGUUUCCUAUUAUCCAGUAGUCCAGUAGAGCAACCUAGAAAUCAUCCAGAAUACGUGUCUCAAUGACAGCAAGUUCCCUUGUUGAGUUCCACUGGGGGUUCAGGAUAUUUAUAAGAAAAAAACAUGUUUUUUUGAAGCAUAAACCCCCCAUACUCAACAUUUUCUUUGACGCAGGAUUAUCUUGGGAUAUCCAUACUCUUCCAGGCUAAUGGAUGGGCUCUUCAGAAUUCUGUUUCAUGCCUGUGACGAGCCUUCCCUUCUUGUUUUUAAGAAGGGUCACUCUGAUCUGCAAUGGCACUACCAUCCCACAUUUUCCACAGACACCAUUGACUUUCAUUCCUCCUGUCUUUCGCCCAGCCUUCAAUUUCAGACAUGUUUCAAGUUUGAAACAUUGCCAACCUCACAGCAGAGGCAGCCCAGAAUUAAUGGAGAAGGCACUCUCUUUUCAUUGAACCAUCAUGAGACAUCCACUUUUGGGUUGUUGUUCCUUGACAUCACUUAGUUCAUUACUCAAGGAUUUGCCUUUAUCUACAUGGAAGAUGAAAGAGAUGCUGAGGAUGCAAUUCGGGGGCUUGACCGUAGAGAAUUUGGCCGCAAGGGACGCAGACUUCGUGUUGAAUGGACAAAGCAUGAACGUGGUAUUAGAAGGCCUGGUGGUUCAAGACGAUCAGCUAAUACUAGACCUUCAAAGACCCUGUUUGUUAUAAAUUUUGACCCAUAUCAUACCAGGACUAAGGAUCUGGAGCGACACUUUGAUCCAUAUGGGAAGAUAGUGAGUGUAAGGAUCAGAAGGAAUUUUGCAUUUGUUCAGUAUGAAUCACAGGAUGAUGCUACCAAGGCAUUGGAGGCUACUAACAUGAGCAAGUUGGUGGAUAGAGUUAUCUCAGUGGAAUAUGCAGUUCGGGAUGAUGAUGAAAAGAGAGAUGGAUACAGUCCUGACAGAAGUCGUGACAGGUCGUUAGAGAGGGGUCGUGAUAGAAGAAGGUCACCAAGUCCCUAUAGAAGAGAGAGAGGAAGCCCUGAUUAUGGCCGUGGCCCAAGCCCAGGUCCCUAUCGGAGAGAGAGAGGUAGUCCUGAUUAUGGUAGAGGUCGCAGUCCGAGCCCCUACAGGAAAGAGAGGGCUAGCCCUGAUUAUGGCCGUGGUCGCAGCCCAAGUCCCUAUCGGAGAGACAGGGCUGGCCCUGCUCAUGGCCGUGGCUCCAGCCGUAGUCCUACUUAUAGAAGAGAGAAGGCGAGUGCUGAUAGGGGCCGUAACCGUAGUAAUAGUCCUUAUGGAAGAGAGAGGGCUAGCCCUAACAAUGGCCGUGGUCCUAGCACUAGUCCUUACAGGAGAGAAAGGGCCAGUCCUGAUAAUGGUCGUGGACCAAGUCAUAGUCCCUUUGAAAGAGAGAGGGAUAUUCCUGAUAAUGGCAGGGGACCAAGCCCAAAUUCCAACCCUGAAGCUAGGGACAGUCCCAAUUAUGGUGGGCCAGAGAGCCCCAUGCAUGAGAGAUAUAACAGUCGGUCGCCGCAAGCAGAGGAAUGAUCUCAAUGUUGAUUAGCUCGUGAAUGAACUCCGACUGAUUGUAUUUUGCCGUUGUUAGCAGAACAAUGUUGAUUCUGUUGUAAUGCAUGGUUCAUUUACUUGACAAAAGAAUUUCGGAGUUAAUAUCUCGACUAUGUAGACCUUAGUAUUCUAGCGUUAGUAGAAAGAUACUUUAAGUGCCUUAGAUUCUGUUAAAUUUUAUGAAAUAUCUUUGGUUUUGAACAAUAA